AUGUUCUUUCGUGAUGGGGCAGAUUCGUUUCAUGGAGCCAGUUCACAGGAUCUCGGGUGCUUCCUCUCUCUUCCUCCUUCUCCCCCAUUUCUCUCUCUCUCUCUAUAUAUAUAUAUAUGUCUCAAUCUAUCUAUCUAUCUAUCUAUCUAUCUAUCUAUCUAUCUAUCUAUCUAUCUAUCUAUCACUGUGUCUAUUUAUUUAUCUACCUCUCUCCCUCUCUCUUUCUAUAUAUAUAUAUGUGUGUGUGUGUGUAUGUAUAUCACUGUGUCUACCUAUAUCUAUCUAUCUAUCUAUCUAUCUAUCUAUAACCGUUUAUCUCUCUUGAUAUGUUCAUUAUCUAUCUAUCUAUCUAUCUAUCUAUCUGUCUGUCUGUCUGUCUGUCUGUCUUUCUUGCACAUCUAUCUAUCUAUCUAUCUAUCUAUCUAUCUAUCUAUCUAUCUAUCUAUCUAUCUAUCUAUCUCAGUCUGUUCUUAUCUAACUCUAUCUGUUCACAUCUAUCUAUAUAUCUAUCUAUCUAUCUAUCUAUCUAUCUAUCUAUCUAUCUAUCUAUCUAUCUAUCUCAGUCUGUUCUUAUCUAACUCUAUCUGUUCACAUCUAUCUAUCUAUCUAUCUAUCUAUCUAUCUGUUUGUCUGUCUGUCUCGGUCUGUUUACAUCUAUCUAUCUCUCUCAGUUUGUUAACAUCUAUCUAUCUCUCUCAUCUGUUCAUAUCUAUCUAUCUAUCUAUCUAUCUAUCUAUCUAUCUAUCUAUCUAUCUAUCUUAG